CUUCGACCUUGGCACCUGCAGCCUCCCCUGCCCUUUCCCCGGUGGGGGUGAGGCUGCUGUGUGGGUGUGGGGGUGACUCACACGGGCCACGUGGGCGGGCGGGCGGGCAAUGCAGCUGUGGCUGGUGGGCGUGGCCUGCCUGGCGCCGAGGGCAGGUGGCCGAGCCAGUUCUGCCUCUGAUGCCUCAUUCCAGCCAUCCCUCUGCCUGCAAUGAGAGCUUUCCACCGCCUCAGCCACAGUCCCACCCAGGGGCCUUGGGCCCCAGACAUGCGGUGAUCUCAGAGCAAGGGUUGCCACGACCACCCAGAACCUCACCAGCCAUGAAUGCCCACCCCAAGGAGACGGUGCCUCUCAUGGGCAAGAGAGUUGCCGCCCCCAGUGGGAACCCUGCUGUCCUGCCUGAGAAGAGGGCGGCGGAGAUCACCCCCACAAAGAAGAGUGCACACUUCUUCCUGGAGAUAGAAGGGUUUGAGCCCAACCCCGUGGCUGCCAAGACCUCUCCCCCUGUCUUCUCCAAGCCCAUGGAUUCCAACAUCCGGCAGUGCAUCUCUGGCAACUGUGAUGACAUGGACUCCCCCCAGUCUCCUCAGGAUGAUGUGACAGAGACCCCAUCCAAUCCCAACAGCCCCGGUGCACACCUGGCCAAGGAAGAGCAGAGGAGGAAAAAGAGGCGGCUGAAGAAGCGCAUCUUUGCAGCCGUGUCUGAGGGCUGCGUGGAGGAGCUGGUGGAGCUGCUGGUGGAGCUGCAGGAGCUUUGCAGGCGGCGCCGUGACGAGGAUGUGCCUGACUUCCUCAUGCACAAGCUGACGGCCUCCGACACGGGGAAGACCUGCCUGAUGAAGGCCUUGUUAAACAUCAACCCCAACACCAAGGAGAUCGUGCGGGUCCUGCUUGCCUUUGCCGAAGAGAACGACAUCCUGGGCAGGUUCAUCAAUGCCGAGUACACAGAAGAGGCCUACGAAGGGCAGACGGCGCUGAACAUCGCCAUCGAGCGGCGCCAGGGGGACAUCGCGGCCGUGCUCAUCGCCGCCGGCGCCGACGUCAACGCCCACGCCAAGGGCGCCUUCUUCAACCCCAAGUACCAGCACGAAGGCUUCUACUUCGGUGAGACGCCCCUGGCCCUGGCAGCCUGCACCAACCAGCCCGAGAUUGUGCAGCUGCUGAUGGACCACGAGCAGACGGACAUCACCUCGCAGGACUCGCGGGGCAACAACAUCCUGCACGCCCUGGUGACCGUGGCCGAGGACUUCAAGACGCAGAACGACUUUGUGAAGCGCAUGUACGACAUGAUCCUACUGCGGAGUGGCAACUGGGAGCUGGAGACCACUCGCAACAACGACGGCCUCACGCCGCUGCAGCUGGCUGCCAAGAUGGGCAAGGCCGAGAUCCUGAAGUACAUCCUCAGUCGUGAGAUCAAGGAGAAGCGGCUCCGGAGCCUGUCCAGGAAGUUCACUGACUGGGCAUACGGACCCGUGUCGUCCUCCCUCUACGACCUCACCAACGUGGACACCACCACGGACAACUCCGUGCUGGAAAUCACCGUCUACAACACCAACAUCGACAACCGGCAUGAGAUGCUGACCCUGGAGCCCCUGCACACGCUGCUGCGGAUGAAAUGGAAGAAAUUUGCUAAGUACAUGUUCUUUCUGUCCUUCUGCUUUUACUUCUUCUACAACAUCACCCUGACCCUCGUCUCGUACUACCGCCCCCGGGAGGAGGAGGCCCUCCCGCACCCCUUGGCCCUGACGCACAAGAUGGGGUGGCUGCAGCUCCUCGGGAGGAUGUUCGUACUCAUCUGGGCCACGUGCAUCUCCGUGAAAGAGGGCAUUGCCAUCUUCCUGCUGAGACCCUCGGAUCUGCAGUCCAUCCUCUCCGAUGCCUGGUUUCACUUUGUCUUUUUUAUCCAAGCUGUGCUUGUGAUACUGUCUGUCUUCUUGUACUUGUUUGCCUACAAAGAGUACCUCGCCUGCCUCGUGCUGGCCAUGGCCCUGGGCUGGGCGAACAUGCUCUACUACACGAGGGGGUUCCAGUCCAUGGGCAUGUACAGCGUCAUGAUCCAGAAGGUCAUUUUGCAUGAUGUUUUGAAGUUCUUGUUCGUAUAUAUCGUUUUUUUGCUUGGAUUUGGAGUAGCUCUGGCCUCACUGAUCGAGAAGUGUCCCAAAGACAACAAGGACUGCAGCUCCUACGGCAGCUUCAGCGACGCGGUGCUGGAACUCUUCAAGCUCACCAUCGGCCUGGGUGACCUGAACAUCCAGCAGAACUCCAAGUAUCCCAUUCUCUUUCUGUUCCUGCUCAUCACCUACGUCAUCCUCACCUUCGUUCUGCUCCUCAACAUGCUCAUUGCCCUGAUGGGCGAGACUGUGGAGAACGUCUCCAAGGAGAGCGAGCGUAUCUGGCGCCUGCAGAGAGCCAGGACCAUCUUGGAGUUUGAGAAAAUGUUACCAGAAUGGCUGAGGAGCAGAUUCCGGAUGGGAGAGCUGUGCAGAGUGGCCGAGGAAGAUUUCCGACUGUGUUUGCGGAUCAAUGAGGUGAAGUGGACUGAAUGGAAGACGCACGUCUCCUUCCUUAACGAAGACCCGGGGCCUGUCAGACGAACAGAUUUCAACAAAAUCCAAGAUUCUUCCAGGAACAACAGCAAAACCACUCUCAAUGCCUUUGAAGAAAUAGAGGAUUUCCCGGAAACGUCGGUGUAGAAGCGGAACCGGAGCCGGCGUGCGCGUGCGCUGUCUGGCGCUGCAGGCGGAGUCACGGCCCCUGCGGAGAGGCUUUGAGGGAUGAUGGAGUCCGGCUCUGCUGGUGUAGCAGCAGAGUGCACCCUCAUGCUCAGUGCUCAGUGGGUGUCUGAACUGAGGGGCAGUUGUCAGUUUGUCUGAAUGGAAAAUAUCCUGGAUUUUGUUACUGGGCAAGGAGUUGGUGUAAACCUACAGCCAGCAGCAGUCUGGAGCCUGGGAGCCUCCUGAAGUCCUGGGUGAAGCCUCUGGUUUUACCAGUUGCAGGUGGGCUUGGCUGGGAGAGAUGGGUGGCAGGGAAGGGGCAGGAGCCUUGAGGAGCAGGGAGAGGCGCCUUUCCUCCUGCCAGCUUCCCCCAGCCCCAGCCCACACGUUGUACCGUCUCUCCUGCUGUGACUGGGUUGCCUGAAUUUGGGGAGACCCUUGAUCCCAUCCCAGAGUGUGCCGGGGACGGAGGUAAGCUGGAUAUCCUGGGGGAGGAAGGGAAUGAGCUCGGGAAACAUCCUUCCGGAACCCUUCAGGGAAAAGGAGACCAUCCUUGGAGUGAACCUCGCCUGACGCCCCAAGGUUCACACUGCCUCAAGCUGAGACAGGUUUUUAGUAGCAUAAGUAAUACAGGGUUUAAAUUUUCAAUAUGGAAAAGACAUUUCAGUUAAGAAUGAAAAUUACUACAAUGAAGUAUGUGAUUUUAAAAGUGGAGACAGAUUGGGAGCUUUGGGGCUGGAUGUAAGUAUUAUAUAUUUGGCCUCAAGGUGCCCAGAGCCAGACAAAAAGCUUUUCUUCACACACACAAAAGUCUGCAUGAGACACGCCGGGCAAGUUCUGCUGGGCCGCCGCGAUCUGGGUGAAAGGGCCUGGCUCUUGUCCGUGUCCUGGCCUCGCAGUAGUGCCUGCCUCUGCGCUGGGAUCUUGGCUUCAGCUGAAGCAGAAAUAGCAGCUGCUCGAUCGAUGCCAUCUUAGAACUCAGCAGUUAGUCACAUACCUCAGUAUGUCUCAGUGGGGGAAUUUAACAAAAUGCCUCAACUGCUUUGGUACGAAGUAUUUUUUUUUUUAACUGUGAAUUUUGAAGCUGAAGGGGGAGCUUGUGAGAGAGAAGCCUUUGCCAAGACUUUGAGCUUAUUUUUAGGUCCUCAUCCUCUGAUGUUCUCCUUCUGAAAUGAGACGGAGUCAGUCUGGGGGCAGAGGUGAAGUGGAGACGGAAGGAUUUGCCAGGUGACUGGGGCCGAAACCACCAGAAAAUCCACUCUGCCACCAUUAGCUAGUGAAAGGAUUCAUGUAAAGAUGUUCGAGGUGGAAUUAUAAAAAUAGUAACCGUGAAUGUUAAUCUUAAAUAGCAGAAAUAGAAAUUUGGCCUUCAGAUAACGUGGCGAUUGAUUAGUUCAUCUGGCUU